AUCAGUCGAUCUCCUGCGAUUCGCUCUCCUUCCGGUUCUAAACCUAACAGUCUCGGUCCCUUGCUCGCGCUGAACCGCCUCUUCUUCUUCUUCUUCUUCGUCUUCCUCUCACGACUUUCUUUGCCCCUCUCCUUAGUGCUGCAUCGUCCAUUGUUGGAAGCUUCUCCCGCCGAGCGUCCGCCCUCCGUUUUCCGGCUGACUUUGCGCUUCGCAUUCGCGCGAUCCUGCUCGUGAGUUUGCCAGUUGUCCGAGCUGCUUGGGGGUGUUUCGGACGGUUCCCUUGUGGCGGCGAUCGAUGGUAGAGUUGAGAAUCGAGGCGGAGGGCCUCGGCUCUUGAGGUUGUUGCGAUUCCGGUUUCGGGGAAUCGUCGGCUGAUGAGUGUCGCGGGGGUGGAGUUAAUUUGUGGAUCGGUGCCUCGCGGGCGGGUCGGAUUGCUAAUUUCGGCUUCGCAUUACGUGAUCCUGCUCGUCAAUUGCUCGGUGCUCAGCGGUUCGAGGCUUUCGCAUGGCUUUCGCUGUGAUCGGUUGCCGAUAUGAGCCGGAGGUGGUUCGAUUUUGAGGUGUCUUUUAUUACUGUCCGAGAUUUCGUGCAACGUCUGUUGAUGAGUUUUGUAGCGUCGAGGUGAUUGGGCAGAAUGAGUUCGUCGAGGCAGGUGACGGCGAGAGACCUGGCUGAGGAAGCCAAGAAGCGGAUUGUUUUUCUGGCAAUAUGCGUCAUUGGGCUGUCAUACCUCAUGUCCUGGAGAGAGGAUUCUAUUUUUGGCCAGAAAUGCAUCAGACUUCAUCUUUAUUGCUUUAGAGUUCAGAGGACAACCUCUCAAGGGGGAUCAAAACUGACAUACUUCUCUGACAAAGUUCUCAAUUAAAUGGAUGGUGACAAGCUCUUCUGUGUGGGUUAACUUACCCGCUGCUGCAACAUUGAUCAUUGCUCUUCGCUAUUUUUCAAUGGAUUUUGAUAUGCGAAGGAAAGCUGCAGUAUAUAACAGCAAAAAACCUGCAAGCACCGCUUCAUCUCUGAAGAAACCUGUUCAAACUCCUAAAGUUGUUCCAAAGUCAAACUGGAGAAGAAAAGUGGAUUCUCCUGUAGUUGAAGAUGCAAUGGAUUGCUUUACAAGGCAUCUAGUAUCCGAGUGGGUCACAGAUCUUUGGUACUCUCGUUUAACACCUGAUAGAGAAGGCCCAGAGGAAUUGGUGCGCAUCAUCAAUGAUGUUCUUGCAGAAUUUUCAGAUCGUGUGAGGAACAUUAACCUAAUCGACCUUCUUACAAGGGAUAUUGUCACUCUCAUCUGCACACAUUUGGAGAUCUUUCGCCUGACACAAGCAAAGAUUGAAAAGCAACAAUUCGAACAUCUCACUGUUCAGCAACUAGAUGGUGAACUAAGGCGUAUCUUGGCUUCUGAAAAUAAAUUGCACCCAGCAUUAUUUUCCAUCGAAGCCGAGCACAAGGUUUUACAACAUGUAAUGGACGGACUUAUCACUUUCACAUUCAAGCCCGAAGAUCUGCAAUGCUCAUUUUUCAGAUGCAUUGUCAGGGAGCUUCUUGCCUGUGCAGUGAUGAGACCAGUCCUGAACUUAGCUAACCCAAGGUUUAUCAAUGAAAGGAUCGAGGCUUUUGUCAUUUCUAAAACCAAGGCUAAUAAAGGUGCAAUCGCAGCUCAUGAGGCAUCGCCAUCUAAAAAUGGGACAAGGGUCUCAGCUGAUCAUUUCUCCAGAUUCUUAGAUCCUACAGUAACUGGUGUUGAGCUCGUGCAGUUAAAAACAAGUCCAUCCAAAAGUGCUUCUAGCACACAUAACGCAGAAAACAUCAAUGGAACAUUUCUUUCCAAAGAUCCAUUGCUUGCUAUGGACGCACGAUCCUCCCGUUCAUGGAAUUCUUUGCCUGCAAACUCCCAAAAUGGUGAUGAUAAAGGUAUGUUACAACACCGCUCUGGAGGGGAGUGGGGAGAAAUGUUGGAUGUGAUCUCUCGUAGAAAAGCUCAAGCCCUUGCUCCUGAACAUUUUGAAAACAUGUGGGCCAAAGGGCGAAACUACAGAAAGAAGGAGGGAGAAAAUCGGUUGAUCGAACAGGCUUCACAGCAGUCUUUAGCGAAUAAGGCCGUUGUCACUGAUCAUUCUAGAUCCGUGUCCAACCCCAAAGGAAAGGACAAAGUGGUAAACGGCAAUCCUCCUGGAGGUGGCACCUCUUCUGCAGUAGGGAAUCCCUCCAUCCAACCAAACAAGAACUUGUCAGGUCACUCACUGAUUUCUGUAACUGAAGAAGAUGAUGACCAGAGUCUCAUGCGUUUGGAGGAGGCUGAUUCAGGGAGCAGUUCAUAUACUUCUGAAGAAGAAGAAGCUGAGACAAUUACUGGUCUUGACUCUCCUGGAACUAAAGUUUGGGAUGGCAAGAGUAAGAGAAAUGGUGGAGUUACUCCCAUCCAUCAUCCGCUAGAAACUUUUGAAGGCAGUAGCACAAGGAAGACUAGCAAAGGGCAUCCUCGCUAUCAACGAUUUUCUGGUACCCGUUCGGGCAGGAAAAGGUCUAGAUUGAGCAGCACAAAGGUGCAUGUUUGGCAGGAAAUUGAGAGAACAAGCUUCUUAUCUGGAGAUGGACGGGACAUACUUAAUACUUCAAAAGGCUAUGGGACUGAUGAGACCUCUAGUGAUGACUCUGAGAAUGAAAUUUUGGGUAGAGCCCACAGUGGUGCAGCUGCUUCUUCCUCUGCAUCCUCAGUAUCCCUGCCAGAAUGUCGAACUUCGAAUACUACCACUGUGCAAAAUUCCUUGGUUGUGGAUUCUUUUCUGAAGUUAAGAUGUGAGGUAUUGGGUGCGAAUAUUGUGAAAAGUGGCUCUAAAACCUUCGCUGUGUAUUCCAUAUCUGUCACAGAUGUAAAUAAUAAUAGCUGGUCAAUCAAAAGAAGGUUUCGGCAUUUUGAGGAGUUGCAUCGUCGUCUUAAAGAGUUUCCAGAGUAUAAUCUUCAUUUGCCACCCAAGCAUUUUCUCUCAACAGGCUUGGACAUACUUUUGAUUCAAGAAAGAUGUAAAUUACUUGACAAAUAUUUAAAGAAGCUUAUGCAGCUUCCAACAAUUUCUGGCUCUAUUGAAGUUUGGGACUUUCUAAGUGUUGAUUCUCAGACAUAUUACUUCUCAAGUUCCUUUUCCAUCAUUGAAACUCUAUCAGUUGACCUAGAGGAUAAGCCCUCUCAAAAGAGCAAAAGGGUUUCAAGUUUUCUUGGGCCAGCCAUCAAUCCCUUGUCAUCCAGAAGAGAUAAUAUAGUUCCCGAAAACAAGGAGACACCAUUGCAGACGAAGCAUGAUCCUGCAGUGGAUCGUUCCAGGCUGAAUGCACAAGAUAAAACUGCCAAUAGCAGGGGGAGUGACACCACUAAAGAGACAUCUGAGGCACUUCUUGAUGCUGCCACUGACCCAACCCUUCCUUCAGAGUGGGUCCCUCCAAAUCUCAGUGUCCCAUUGUUAGAUUUGGUCGACGUCAUUUUCCAAGUUCAAGAUGGUGGAUGGAUACGGAGGAAGGCAUUUUGGGUGGCCAAACAGGUUUUGCAACUAGGAAUGGGUGAUGCCUUUGAUGACUGGUUGAUAGAGAAAAUUCAGCUUCUUCGGAAGGGAGCCGUUGUUGCUUCCGGAAUCAAGCGUCUCGAGCAGAUUCUUUGGCCUGAUGGAAUUUUUAUAACCAAGCAUCCAAAGCGACGACGUGCUCCCCCUGUCAAUCCGUUGCAAAGUUCACCACGCCGCCAGCAGUCCUCAGAAAUGUCUUCACCUAGACAGAGUGAUGAGCAGCAGCAACUGGAAGCAGAACUACGUGCAAAGUUCGUAUAUGAGAUAAUGAUUGAUAAAGCACCAGCAGCUAUUGUCAGUCUUGUUGGUCGUAAGGAGUAUGAACAGUGUGCGAAGGAUCUCUAUUUCUUUCUUCAGUCAUCCGUGGGUCUGAAAAUGUUGGCUUUCGACCUCCUCGAGUUGCUUCUGUUAUCAGCAUUCCCGGAGCUGGAUUCUGUCUUUAAGCAGCUAUAUGAUGAGAAACAUAAAUUUGGAGAAUACAGAGCAGAUUAGGCAAAAUUCAUGUACUAGAUUAGUUACGAGAUCGAGCAAAGAUUUGGGUUCUUUCCCUCUUACACUGUUUCACCUUUCUAGUCUGCACAUCUCUUUUACACCAGAGUUUUUCUUUUCCCCCUUGACCAUGGGAGCGAAGUAUUCCUUACAGAGGUGUGAGUUUUGUAUCUAGUUUUUAUUCAAGAUGUACAGCAUUCUAAAUGUAAAGCUUCUCGUUUCUCUUCCG